UAAAAAUUAUCCAGUAUCACAUUCAACCUUGACCAAAAUGUAUCUAAAUCCACUCCUCUUAGUGUGCUUACUCUUCACUACUUCAACCAGCAAGAGUGCCUGGGAGACCCAAGUAGAAGAAAAGCUCCACCACUACGAAACACAGCUUAGCGAAAUUAAAAAACUCCUCCAAUCCGACAAAAACGACCCACAAAGUCAAAACUACCAAGAUUACAAGAUCCUACUGCCCCAAGACUGUCAGGAAGUCCUGCGACGGGAGUACAAAGGUUCCGGGUUGUACCGGAUCAAACCGGUGUACUCCCCCGAGCCCUUUUGGGUCUGGUGCGACUUGACGACCCGAGGGGGUGGCUGGACCUACGUCCUCAACCGGUUCGACGGCUCGGAAAAUUUUUACCGGAACUGGACCGACUACAAGGAAGGGUUUGGCGACCUUUCGGGAGAGUUCUGGUUGGGCCUGGAUCACCUGCAUCAAUUAACAAAUAGCAAAAGCAGCGAGUUGCUGUUCGAGCUGGUCGACUGGGAUAUCAAGAAAGCGUAUCAACAUUAUAAUCAUUUCGUGAUUGGGAACGAAACUGAAGGUUAUGCCGUCAAGGGUCUUGGGGAGUCGUAUGGGGAUGCUGGGGAUUCGUUCUCUGGACACGUUAAUAUGAAAUUUACUACGGCGGAUAAGGAUCAGGACACGAGGGUGGAGUAUAACUGCGCUGCCUAUAAUAAAGGGGCAUGGUGGUACAGCAAUUGCUACUUCAGCCAUCUCACCGGUGUGUACGUCCACGAGGGACUUCUGUCGGAGGAUAACCACAACAUACAGUGGAAUACGUUUCAUGGGUACUUCUACAGUUUGAAACAAGUUCGAAUGAUGGUGCGACCUCGAGAAUAAUUUUUUUUCUUGUGUUGUAGCAUUGUAAGAUACGAAUAAAGUUUUGGAAAUUUUGUCAAGUGUGAA